AUGGCCGAGAGCACCAGACUACAGAGGAUGAAUCCACCACCUCCAUCCAACAACAUCGUCAAGGUCCGCGUGGUCGACACGACGGCUGUCUUGACUGUGAAGGCCGAAUGCUUCCUGGAUCCGACAUUACCUGGCCAUGAUCUUCUGAGCAUGACCGCAGUCGCCUUCCUGAUCGAACAUGAAGGUUUGGGCAAAAAGGCUAUGUUCGAUCUAGGCGUGCGGGAAGAUUUUUGGAACUCACCACCUGCGGUUGCCAGGCGUAUUGAGGCUGCGAUUCCCGGUGUGAGGGUUGAUCAGGAUGUUACAGAAGUCUUGGAUGAGGGUGGCUAUAGUCUUGAUAGCAUUGAUGAUAUUAUCUGGUCACAUUCUCACUGGGACCAUACUGGUAGCACAUUCUUGUUCCCCAAAUCAACCAGGCUGGUGUAUGGCAAAGGUACGGGCCCAUUUCCAGGGUAUCCCGAGGAUCCAAACUCCCAUCUCAACAGCGCCGACUUCGAAGGACGACCGCUGCUCAAAGUCGACUACACAGACCUACGUAUAGGGCCAUUUCCAGCGCACGACUUCUAUGGUGACGGAUCGUUAUACCUCCUUGAUUCUCCGGGACACUGGCCAGGACAUCUCUGUGCUUUGGCUCGUACCACUCCAGAUACAUUCGUUUUCCUCGGUGGCGAUAUCUGCCACUUCGCGGGUGACUUUCGGCCGUCGACCGAAAUGCCUUUGCCUAGCUAUAUCCCAGAAGACGUCUUCACUGUCAGCUCAACAAGCCAGACAGAUAUGAGCGCCGCACGCAAAAGGUAUCCCAUGCCUUGUCCAUGCUCGGUGUUCACACAUCACCAUCCGCAAAAGACGUCUUCACCAGACAUCGCACCCGAGUCAACGCCAUUCUUCAAGCUGUCGAAGCAUGAACACUCUUCAUACAAAGACCCAGAUGUUGCCGCCCAAACGGUACUGAAGAUGCAAGAGUACUUUGACUCAGACCCAAACGUAUUCGUAUGCAUAGCACAUGAUCCUUCACUGCUGGUUCACCUGCCGACCUUCAAUCGUGAGCCCUCGCUUGAUUUAAACGGGUGGAAGGAGAAGGGAUGGAAGGAAAAAUGUCAUUGGGGGUGGCUGGGCGAGCUACCCAGAUACGCCGGAGAUGGGUCGUUGAUAGGGCCUGGGAUGCGAGAGAAGCCGAUUGUGGAGGGAGUCUGGAGGGAAGGCAAGAGAGUGGAUGCUUGA